AUGGCGGCCUUUCUGUUGUUCUUUUUUCUGACCGCAGCAUAUCUGCUCUUCGUCACUGUCUCUUAUUUUAGACGCAAGGUACGAAAGGUUAGUGGUCCGCCACGACCAUCAUUUCUGCUAGGGCAUGAGUGGAUUAUCCGUCAACAAGACAAUGUCAGUGACUUAAAAAUGAGUUGGUACCACCAAUAUGGUACGGCAUAUCGCAUCGGAGGAUGUUUUGGCCAAGACGUUUUGGUGGUCAGCGAUCCGAAGGCUUUGCAAUAUAUAUUCCACAUGUCGGGAUACCGUUUUCCAAAGGUAAAAGAUUCGGUCCGAGCAGCAGAUGCCUUUUUCGGACCGGGUCUCGCUACAGUGGGCGGAUCCGUCCAUCAACGCCAGCGGAAGAUCCUGAACGGUUCGUUCUCCGCUUCGCAGCUCAGGAAAAUUUUUCUUCUUUUCCAAUCCUCAGCUUCUCUGCCCACCGACAAAUUGAACGACCAAAUCAAGAGUGGUCCUCGCGUGUUGAAUGCAGUGGAAUGGACAAGCAAAGUUGCACUUGAUAUAAUCGGAAUGACCUCUUUCCGUUAUCGUUUCGAAGCCUUGAAUGGCGGACAGACGGAGCUGAGGGAUGCUCUUGACAACUUGAUCACGGAUUCCCAAAUGCAUCCUCGUGUCAUCGAUCUUCUGUUCAUGGCCCUUUGGCGAAUGCUACCGGAUUCUAUACUGAAUAUCCUAUCAUGGAUUCCAUCCAAGGAUACGCGUCGGUUAAUGGACUUCAAGGACGUCACCAAAAAGAUUGCCCGAAACAUCUUCAAGAACCAGCUCGCAGUUGUCUCCAAUGGCAAGAACGCAGAAGAAAAGGAUAUGGUGAACGUUCUCGCGCUUUCCUAUCUUUCGGAUGAAGAUAAGAAGAAAAUGAGUAAUGAUGAAAUCGAAUCACAGCUGGCUACAUUCAUAUUAGCUGGACACGAUACCACAGCGAAUGCGAUUGCCUGGCUUCUGUAUGAGCUCGCUCGUCACCCUGACGACCAAAUUCGGAUCCGAGACGAGAUAAGACAAGUACAGCUGAGCGAAGAGGUGCUGACGUCAAAUGAUUAUGACUCUAUGCCAUUCCUCAACGCUGCAAUCAAGGAAACACUUCGAAGACAUCCAUUCGUUCAUACCCUUUACCGAAUGGCGGACCAGGAUGAUGUUCUUCCACUAUCGGAGCCGGUUACAACCACUGAUGGAAGAGUGGCUACCGAGAUUCCUAUCUCGAAAGGCCAAGUUAUCUCUGCGUCCUUGUAUACAUAUAAUCACCUGCCAACUGUCUGGGGCAACGACGCCGACAGAUGGAAUCCCGGUCGAUUCUUGGAUUCCGCCGAAAGGAGGCAGCUUUCGCUCGGUGUAUAUUCAAAUUUGUAUGCACAUUUUUCCUCAUCUAAGCUUCUGGAUGCUGAUGGAUCUGAUAGGAUGACCGUUAUGGAAAUUCAAACAGUAAUAGUCGAGCUUCUCAGCAAGUUUGAGUUCAAGGUUCCUGUCGGAGUCGAACUGCUAGACGCGCCAGGGACGCAGAGUUGUGUUCCCAUUGUCAAGGGACAGCUGGAAGAUGGUGUUCAAGUUCCUUUGCAGGUUGCUCCUUUGGAGACCUAG